UUCCCUCUUCACUGUACUUAUUGAUAGGCCUCCAGGUCCAUGCUACAGAAGGAGAGCGGGCGAAGUUCGAAAGUCUCCUUCGUAAAAACCCUAAUUCGCUGCUGCUUUUCGGUUCAUCACCAGUGCUUGUUUCUCUGAUAUGAUAGGACUGCGUUCUCUUUAAAAAACUAAUCUUUGGCGUUGGCUUUCCUCUCUCCCCAUGACGGAAAACAGAACUGGAGAAAGAGACUUGGCAAAAGAAGCUGAAAUGGGAACACAGGCUGAAUUCGUCCAUCCGAUUCCUGCUUAGAAUUAGUUUCAGGAAAUUUUUGUUCGAUACUCUUCAUUAGAUUGUUGAUAGGAGAAAGGUUCUCACUUUAAGCUGCUUUACUGUUGCAUGAAAUGGAUGAUCAUAAUAUUCGAAUUCAAAUGCCAUGCCGGUUUUGGAGUAGGAGACUCUUUUUCAUGAUAGGGAUUAUUACUUCACUUAUUCUAGUUUUUCAUACUUUCACACUCCCUUAUUGGACUGUUUCACUGCCUGUACUUCCUAGCCUCAAGAAAGAUGAGAUUUUGUCAAAUGAAGCAACUUCUCUGGAGAGAAAGCGGUUGGAUUUUUUUUCACUUUUAAGUGAUGCACAGAACUCUACGUAUCCAAAAGUAAUCCUUAAGGAGGUAGCAUUGGCCGACAUUAAAAAUGCCAGUGGAAGAACUGUAUCUGAUUCCAUAGAUGAUGAACAAGUGGAUUUGGUUUCAAAGAAGGAAGUUCUCUCAGCUAAUAUUACUGGCCUGAUGGAGGAUAUAGAUCUCAAUAGGGAAAUCUCCUUGGGUUUUGAGGAGAAAGAAAAUCUUAAUGAUGACGGGGACCAAGUAUCUUGGUCGAUCACAGAGGAAGAGAUUGACGUACAAAAAAAUAUUUCUUCUCCUGGGGUUGCAAAAGAAGAAAGCUUUGAUUUUGCCUUUACAUCUAAGAACACUACAGAUAUAUUUUCUGAGAGGAACAAAGGAGUUCAUGAUGAAGUAAUUGUUCCACUAAAAACUGCUACUUCCGGUUAUAAUGAGUCCAUGAAGGAAGCUUUAGUAGAUAAUUCAAGUAGCCAUGUUGCAAUCUCUUCAUUAGUAGAGAGUGAAGCAGAUUCUAAUUUGGGAGAACAUCGAAUGAAGGGGAGAGGCCUUACAAACAGCACAAAAUUGUCAAUUUCUAGUUCUUCAACUUUUGAUUCUAAGAAUGUUUAUAUUCACAUAAGAAAAACAAAACCAGGUAGGCUGCCAGUCUCAGUUUCAGAAAUGAAACAGCUAAUGCAAGCAUACCAUUCUUCUUAUCCUCAAAAGUGGCCUUCAGUUCGUGAUAAGCAGCUUUUGGCUGUGAAGGCACUGAUGCAGAAUGCUCCUGUGGUGAAAAAUGAUGAGGAACUUUUUAUACCUGCUUUCUGGAACAUUUCUAAGUUUAAAAGAAGUUAUAACUUGAUGGAACAGAAUCUCAAAAUCUAUGUCUACAAAGAAGGAAAUAAGCCUGUAUUCCAUCAGCCACUUUUGAGAGGAAUAUAUGCCUCUGAAGGCUGGCUCAUGAAGCUUCUACAAUCAGACAAACAUUUUGUUGUGAGAGACCACAAAAAGGCUCACCUAUUCUACAUGCCCUUUAGUUCUCGCUUGCUACAACUCGCGUUUUACGAUCCGAAGUCGCACAGCCACAGAAAUUUAGCUCAGCACUUGAAGAAUUACAUAGAUUUGAUCGGGGUGAAAUAUCCAUACUGGAAUAGAACAGGUGGGGCAGAUCAUUUUGCUGCUGCUUGCCAUGACUGGGCACCCCAUAUAACAGCACAAGCCAUGGGAUCUGCCAUCCGGGCCCUCUGCAACGCCGAUCUUCGGAGAGGUUUUCAAUUGGGAAAAGAUGUCUCUCUCCCUGAAAUCUAUAUCCGUUCUGCACGAAAUCCUCUCCGAGAUCUCGGCGGAAAUUCUGUGGACAACCGUUCAACCCUGGCCUUCUAUGCCGGAAAUCUUCAUGGUCGGCUUCGUCCCAUCCUUCUGCAGCACUGGGAGAACAAGGACCCAGACAUGAAAAUUUUAGGCCCCAUGCCUCCUGGUGUGGAGAGCAAGAUGAUCUACAUUCAGCACAUGAAGAACAGCAAGUACUGCAUCUGCCCAAGGGGUUAUGAGGUUAACAGUCCAAGAGUUGUUGAAUCCAUCUACUAUGAAUGUGUUCCUGUCAUAAUAUCCGACAACUACGUGCCGCCUUUCUUCGAAACGUUGAAUUGGGAGGCUUUCUCCGUUAUAAUUCCAGAGGAAGAUGUGCCGAGACUGAAAGAUUUACUGGUUUCGAUCCCGGAAGAGAAGUACAGGUUGAUGCAGCUGGGAGUGAGGAAAGUUCAGAAACACUUUCUGUGGCAUAACAGGCCUGUGAAGUAUGAUUUGUUUCAUAUGGUACUUCACUCAAUAUGGUACAAUAGACUGAAUCAAUUAAGAAUUAGAUGAGGAGUUUCACUGAAAAGUUUGAUGGAAUGUUUGGAAGUAUUGAUCUGGUUGCAGGAAAUUAAAAUCUGAACAAUCUGUGGUUUUUGCAGACAUUUGCUGUCUGAUUUGGUAGUCAAUUUCAGAACUGUAAUGGUUCAUGCUUUUAAUCGUCGAGCAAUGUUAAGGCUCUAUCGAAAUUUUCGGUCGAAAAUGAAUGUUGAAUGAUGAAGUUUUCUUAAGAUCAGGAGGUAAAAUCAUUUCGAAGCGUUGUGAAUGACGGUUAUUUCAGCUGAGAGUCAUCAUUCAGCACGCAUUUCAGUUGAAAAUUGUUAGGAUUUUUUUUUUUAAUUUAUUUAUUUCUGGGCAACCCAAGUACUCGAACUAGGAUUUUUUAUUUUAUUUUCAACCAAUAUGUUCUACAUUCGAGCACAUAUGUUUUAAGAUUUUGUUGCUUGUAACAUUUAGUUUCAAUAGUUGAACUUGGGAAUGGAACU